AUCAAAACCACUGUCCGCUUCCCACCCUUUUUUACCUAAGCCACUCUCUCUCACACCUCACCCUCUCACUUCCCCUCUUUCCUCUGUUCAUUCUCACCCGAAAAACAGAGGAAAACUAGAAACCCCAACAAAAACAGAGGGAGAAAAAAAAAAAAAAAAAAAAUAGAAACGGAACCCCACCUCCGAAAAUGGAAGAAUAGAGCAAAAGAGAUUCUCAACCAGUAUUCUUUGACUUCUCGCUCCUCUUUUUAUUUUUAUUUCCGCAACGCUUUCUUCAUGAACCCUUCAGAUCUCUCUUGUAUACGCAUGCAUAUGCAAAUGUUGAGUGAUUACUUGCUUGUGGGUGAGUGUGUGUGAUUGUUGAAGGAAGUUAUUUUAUUUUUGGGAGGCUCGGUUCAUAAUGGCUGUGGAGGCGAGUGUUGCUGGGAAUAUUGAGGUACCUCCAUGGCUGAAAUCGAUGGCGGUGGCCCCAGAGUACCACCCGACUCUCGCUGAGUUUCAAGAUCCAAUUGCUUACAUUUUUAAGAUUGAGAAAGAGGCCUCCAAGUAUGGUAUCUGCAAGAUAGUUCCUCCUGUGCCUGCUGCUCCCAGGAAAACUGUGGUUUCCAAUUUGAACAAAUCCCUCGUUGCUCGCUCUGAAUCCGGCCCCACUUUCACCACACGGCAGCAGCAGAUCGGCUUCUGCCCGAGGAAGCACCGCCCCGUGCAGAAACCCGUGUGGCAGAGUGGGGAGAGGUACACCCUUGCUGAAUUCGAGGUCAAGGCCAGGAAUUUCGAGAAGAAUUAUCUUAAAAAGUACGCGAAGAAGGUGCUGAGUGCUUUGGACAUAGAGACCCUCUAUUGGAAUGCCAUGGUUGAUAAGCCCCUUUCGGUUGAGUACGCCAACGACAUGCCUGGGUCGGCAUUUGUCGCGCACAAGAGUGGUGGUGGGAAGAAGAAUGAGGGCGCGAUGACAGUUGGGGAGACUGAGUGGAAUAUGAGGAGAUUGUCGAGGGAGAAUUUGUCGUUGCUGAGGUUCAUGAAGGAGGAAAUACCGGGCGUGACUUCGCCUAUGGUUUAUGUAGCUAUGAUGUUUAGUUGGUUUGCCUGGCAUGUUGAGGAUCAUGACUUGCAUAGCAUGAACUAUUUGCAUCUUGGCUCCGGGAAGACGUGGUAUGGUGUGCCCAAGGAGGCAGCUGUUGCGUUUGAGGAAGUAAUUAGGGAGCAUGGAUAUGGUGGAGAGAUCAAUCCUCUAGUUACUUUUGCUACUCUUGGUGAGAAGACUACGGUCAUGUCCCCGGAAGUGCUUCUUAAUGCUGGUGUUCCCUGCUGCAGGCUGGUACAAAAUGCUGGAGAGUUUGUUGUCACUUUCCCAAGGGCUUAUCACUCAGGAUUCAGUCACGGAUUCAAUUGUGGAGAAGCUGCUAAUAUUGCUACUCCUGAAUGGUUGAGGGUUGCAAAAGAAGCUGCAAUUCGUAGGGCAGCUAUUAAUUGUCCCCCAAUGGUUUCUCAUUUUCAGUUACUCUACGAUCUAGCUCUUUCAUUAUGCUCGAGAGUGCCAAAGAGCAUUGCCAUGGAACCGAGGAGUUCUCGGUUAAAGGAUAGGAAGAGAGGUGAAGGGGAAAUGUUGAUCAAAGAACAAUUUUUUCAGGACAUGAUACAAAAUAAUGAUAUGCUCAGUGCUCUUGGGAAAGGAUCAUCUAUUGUGCUGCUUCCCCAGAAUGCUCUGAGUUACUCAUUUCGUUCCAGUAUGAUGGUUGGGUUUCAGUCAACAACCCAAUCCAAGUUAUUCCCCAGCUUAUGCAGUCCCGAUCUUGAGUUGAGGAGUACAGGCCUCGAUUCUCAUGAUGAAUCUACACUUGACAGGAAGCAGGGCCCAAAACAAGCGAGGGGGUCUGUGGUGAAUAAAAGAACAUUUUCUUCUUUGUUUGGUAUUGACAUUCCUUCUCCGGCCCCUCAUGCAGAGCAAUCAUACUCUGAACCAAAGAAAGCUUCUCAAUGUCAGCAGGGACUGUUUUCAUGCGUUACUUGUGGGAUUUUAUGUUUUGCAUGUGUGGCCAUUGUUCAACCGAUGGAAUCAACUGCACAGUACCUAAUGUCAGCUGAUUGCAGCAUACUUAAUAAUUUGGGAGAAAGUGAUAAUGACCCCAAUCAUAUUAUGGAUGCUAACACAAAUCUUUCUUUAGCAUUGAUGCAUAGGAAUACCCAAAUUGGACUAUCUGCUGAUCAACUUCAAUAUGUGGAUAAGGGGAAUGUGGAUUUUACUUCCGAUAGUAAGGCUCAUAAUGAGCCCUCAUCACUUGGCUUAUUAGCUUUAACAUAUGGUGAUUCCUUGGACUCCGAGGAGGAAGAUUGUGAGGUUAAUCUUCCCGCUGAAGGCUGUGGAACUAGUAAAUCUAACGACUUGAGAAAUGGAGAUGCUAGUAAGAACACUGAAGCAAAGGUCAACUGCAGGAAGGAAAUUUCUGAUGAAUUCGAUACAAACAAUUCUUCAACGAUUGAGCCAAAUUCUUUAACCCAUAGGUUUAGUAGACAUCAGACAGAACCCCAACUUGACAUCCCAGAUUCUUUAUCUUGUAAAGCUGUAGGAACACCUAGAACUGGUUUAGCACCACGACAGCCCACAACUAUGCCUUUCACUUCAAGACUUGAUGAAGACUCUUCUCGUUUGCAUGUCUUCUGUCUGCAGCAUGCUAUGCAAGUGCAAAAGCGGCUCAGUCAAGUUGGUGGAGUUGAUGUGUUUCUCGUCUGUCAUCCGGACUAUCCAAAGUUGGAAUCACAGGCUAAGAAAGUUGCAGAAGAACUGAAUAAUGAUUACACCUGGAAUGAAGUUCCAUUCCGGGAGGCAACAGAUGAGGAUGAAGAAAUUAUACAACGAGCUCUAGAAAGUGAGAAUGCAAUACACGGCAAUGGAGACUGGGCUGUGAAAAUGGGCCUCAACCUAUUCUACAGUGCCAAUCUUAGCCGCUCUCCUCUUUACAGCAAGCAAAUGCAUUACAAUUCUGUUAUAUACAAUGCCUUUGGACGCAGUUCGUCAACUGAUAGCUCGACGUCUGAGAGUGAGCUGGAAGGCAAGGGUUUAGGCAGGCAAAAGAAGAUAAUCGUUGCUGGAAAAUGGUGUGGAAAAGUGUGGAUGUCGAAUCAGGCUCAUCCACUGCUGGUCAACAAGGAUUCACAAGAACAAGAGCAGGAGUCGGCCAUUGCUUCCUGGACCAAACCUGAUGUGAAAUAUGUCAGACGGUCAGAACGCAGCAGUCUAACUGCUGGAAUAUUGUCUGCAGUUCGUAAGACUAGUAGAAAGAAGGCGAGUAAUGCUGAAAGCUGCUCAUUCGUGGAAGAAAAAUCUCUGGAGGCUGAAAAAUCAGAUAAAACUCGAGGUUUUUAUUGCCACAAGAAAAUUAAGAGAAAACAGGAAUCCAGAAUACUGAAAGAAGAGAAUCCGGAGGCACAGAAUGAAGAUGAAUCAUCUGAAGAAUCUCAACUCAGGCAUGGCACUAAGCGAUUGAAGACAGAGAACUUUGAAGACGAAGAUGACUCUUUAGAAGAGUAUCCUCUGAGUAAAUCUUGGAAGCAGAUAAAGAGCAAACAGAGAGCGAGGCAAAGGGAAAAGGAGACUCCUGAAGCUGCGAAAGAUCAAAAGAAUAGCAAGAAAGAAGAGUCAAACUCACACAACGUAGUAGAUGAGAUGGAAGGCGGGCCUAGCACACGACUGAGGAAAAGAUCUGAAAAACCUUGCAAAGCUUCAGGAGCCAGAUCGACCAAACCAAAACCAGUAGUGAAGAAGCAAACAACAAAGAAAAGUCCAGCGGGCAGCAAGGUUCCGGUCAGCUCUAACAAAGGCAAAACGAGGGAUGAGGAAGCAGAGCAUGCAUGCGACAUGGAGGGAUGCACAAUGAGUUUUUGCUCCAAGCAGGAGCUUGCUUUGCAUAAGAAGAACAUAUGCCCUGUGAAGGGAUGUGGGAAGAAAUUCUUUUCUCACAAGUAUCUCGUGCAACACAGACGUGUUCACAUGGAGGAUCGCCCGCUGAAAUGCCCGUGGAAAGGGUGCAAGAUGACGUUCAAGUGGGCGUGGGCUCGAACUGAGCAUAUUCGAGUUCAUACAGGGGCUCGUCCGUAUGUGUGCACUGAGGCUGGAUGUGGUCAGACCUUUCGUUUUGUGUCCGAUUUUAGCCGUCACAAGCGCAAGACAGGCCAUGCUCCCAAGAAAGCCAGAUGAUAAUUUUCAUUAACAGAGAUGGUAGGUCUAGAGACUUGUAAGUUGUAACUCUUCUUUUCUUUUCUUUUCUUUUCUUUUGAUCAUUGGGGGUUCGGAUGAUUUUUGUGGGCCAAUUCCUCGGCUUACUUAGGCCAUUGCUUCGAUGUCGAAAAUUAUUUUUAUUCUCUGCAAAAGCAGAAAUUCUAGCAUUGUAUCUGCAGUCCUCCUUGUGCAACUAUUUAGUUAUCUCCCCACUCUAGAUUUCACCUUUCAACA